GUAGUGGGCCUCCUUCAUCCGUGCCCUGUCUGGAUAAAAGCAGCUCUUAGCUAGGCUAGCUGUCCAUCCCUUCUGCAGCAUCACGGCCAGGGACGCGCUAGGCUUUGCGGACUGCGGUAGCGAACACCUCUGCUGCACUGAAAAAAUGGCUGUCCCUCCUUCAUACUCAGACCUCGGCAAGGCUGCCAAGGAUAUCUUCAGCAAGGGCUACGGCUUCGGGGUUGUGAAGCUGGACCUGAAGACCAAAUCUCAAAGCGGAGUGAUGGAGUUUAACACGACGGGCUCCAGCAACAUCGACACAGGGAAGGCUUCUGGCAACCUGGAGACCAAGUACAAGAUGAAGGAGCUGGGCCUGAGCGUCAGCCAGAAGUGGAACACGGACAACACGCUGGCCACCGAGGUCACUGUGGAGGACCAGCUCGCUCAGGGCCUGAAGGUCGGCUUGGACACUUCAUUCGUACCGAACACAGGCAAGAAAAGUGGGAAGCUGAAGACGGGCUACAAGCGGGACUUUGUCAACCUGGGCUGUGACGUGGACUUUGAGGGGCCCAUCGUCCACGCUGCCGCCGUGCUGGGCUACGAAGGCUGGCUGGCCGGCUACCAGAUGGCCUUCGACACGGCCAAAUCCAAACUGUCUCAGAACAACUUUGCCCUCGGGUACAAGACUGGCGACUUCCAGCUGCACACCAACGUCAACGACGGCACCGAGUUUGGCGGCUCCAUCUACCAGAAGGUAAACGACGAGCUGGAGACGGCGGUCACUCUGGCCUGGACCGCCGGCAGCAACAACACCCGCUUCGGCAUCGCAGCCAAAUACAAGCUGGACAAAGAUGCCUCUUUGUCUGCCAAAGUGAACAAUGCUAGCCUGAUUGGAAUCGGCUACACCCAGAGCCUUCGGCCAGGCGUUAAAGUCACCCUCUCGGCCCUCAUCGAUGGGAAGAACUUCAACGCAGGCGGACAUAAAGUCGGCAUGGGCUUCGAGCUUGAGGCGUAACGAGGAGCCCGCAUCAGUACCCCGACAGCACCGCCUUUCACGUAGCUCCUCUCCUCUGGACUCCCCCUCACACGGCCUCCCUGUCCGCACCCCCAACGAGCAUUUCUGACACUAAAAGUCGAGUCUGGAGCCGGGAGGUUGACCCUGAAAUCGGCGGUGUGCGGUUCUCUAGAAAAUACUGAUGUCAUGGCUGAAGUUAACACUAUUUAUUUAUUUCCCUGUAGGUCUUGGAUGAUGUAAUUGUUGGUGUAAAAAGCGCGUAGCCCGUUUACAGCAGUCGUACCUAAAAAGCAUGUGAGAACGAAAACACGGAUGCAGAGGCUAACGUUUAUCUGCUUGGUUAAGGUGCAAGUGUGUCUGCUUUCCAUUUAAUUUCAUUUUUUUUUUUUGUAUAGGUCUGAUCACUUUUGGACAGCGAGGGUUUUCAUUCACACACAUUCAGAUUCGCUUUAAACGGAAUCCUGCUUUAAACGGCAGAGCAGUGAGGAUGGCGGAUCCAGAUUGUCAGAAAGCAUCUUCUACUGCUUUGUGGCUGCUGGUUCUGAUAGGUGAAAUCAAUGUGGUGGAAUCUUCUGUAGUUAGUUUGCAUUUCUACAGCCUUGUUUUCAUCUGUCUCGCAUCAGCCGCCACAGAGAUGGUGAGGAUAUUUUACAUGGUGGUCGCUCUUGGCGUGUUAGGUUGGUGGCCAGCUGUUUCCUCCUGGACUACAUUUACAUGCAGUUAUAGGUGUUUCAUCUCAAGCAGUCCUCGCGUCUCUGAUCAGGACAACAGCUUCUCCUCACCGAUUCCAGUCAAACGCUUGAUCAGGACACGGUGUAGUGAGCCCACGCAGCUUUGUUGUUUCUACAUCCAAACCAGACGUCUAAAUGUCCUAUUUAUUUUAUCCAUCAGGUUGUCAUCAUGAUAAUAAUACUCAUUUUAUUAUUUAGACACAGUACCUCGUUUUUUCCAGUGUAAAUUCAAGAAUUCUAAUAAAAAAAAAAAAGGAAAAUGUCUUAAUAUU